UGUUCCUUUUCCCCCUUUCUUUUCAUGUUGUCCUCAAAGAGUGAGUAUGAUCUUCUGGUAAUUGGUGGAGGGUCCGGAGGCCUUGCUUGUGCAAAAGAAGCUGCUCAGUUUGGAAGGAAAGUGGCUGUUUUGGAUUAUGUGGAACCUUCUCCACGAGGAACCAAGUGGGGCCUUGGUGGAACUUGUGUGAAUGUUGGCUGCAUUCCUAAAAAGCUUAUGCAUCAAGCAGCUCUUUUAGGAAGUGCCCUUAAAGAUGCCCAACACUAUGGCUGGAAUAUAUCCCAACCUGUUCAGCAUACCUGGUCGGUGAUGGCACAAGCUGUUCAGAAUUAUGUGAAAUCCUUGAACUGGGGCCACAGAGUGCAACUACAAGACAAGAAGGUGAAAUAUUUCAACAUCAAAGGCAGUUUUUCAGAUCCACAUACAAUCCGUGGUUUAACAAAAGCAGGUAAAGAGACUGUUAUUACUGCAGAGAAAAUUGUCAUUGCCACUGGAGGAAGACCAAAGUAUCCUACGCAUAUUGCAGGUGCCCUGGAGUAUGGAAUCACAAGUGAUGAUCUAUUCUGGCUGAAAGAAUCUCCUGGAAAAACGUUGGUUGUUGGAGCCAGCUAUGUUUCACUUGAGUGUGCUGGUUUUCUAACAGGCAUUGGAUUGGAUACUACAGUCAUGAUGAGAAGUAUUCCACUUCGUGGGUUUGAUCAGCAAAUGUCCUCUUUAGUAACUGAGCACAUGGAAUCUUAUGGCACAAAAUUUUUAAAGAAAUGUAUCCCGACCAAAGUUGAAAAAUUGGAGAGCAACAAAUUACAAGUCACCUGGAAAAAUACUGACUUUGGCACAGAAGAAACAGAUUCCUUUGACACGGUGAUGUGGGCAGUAGGCCGAGUCCCUGACACUAAAACCCUCAAUUUGGAGGCAGUUGGCGUGAAAACUAAUUCUGAGACUGGAAAGAUCAUUGUUGAUGCCAGCGAAGCUACUUCUGUUCCUCACAUUUAUGCAGUUGGAGACAUAACAGAGGGCCGCCCUGAAUUGACACCUACAGCAAUAGCUGCGGGAAAACUGCUGGCUCGGCGUAUUUUUGGCCAGUCUUCAGAACUGAUGGACUAUGACAAUAUACCUACGACAGUUUUCACUCCCUUGGAAUAUGGUUGUGUUGGACUGUCAGAAGAAGAGGCUGUGCAAUGUUAUGGAUCAGAUAAUAUUGAGGUAUACCAUGCAUAUUAUAAACCUUUAGAGUUUACAGUGGCUGAAAAAGAUUCAACUCAAUGCUAUAUGAAAAUGGUGUGCUUACGAGAGAGAGAGCAGCGAAUCCUUGGCCUUCAUUUCAUUGGACCAAAUGCAGGCGAAGUUAUUCAAGGAUUUGCUCUUGGAAUCAAAUGUGGUGCUACCUAUGCUGAACUAAUGAAGACAAUUGGCAUUCAUCCUACCUGUGCUGAAGAAAUUACCAAGUUACAUAUUACAAAGCGCUCUGGCUUGGAUGCAACAGUCACAGGUUGCUGAGGUUAAAUACCAUCCCUGGAAAGAAGGAAAAAGAGCACAAAAUAGAAAAUAAAAGGGAUAUUUUGAGUUGAAACCAUUUUAAUGGUUGGCGUUCCAGGAAUCUUUCUGAUUCCCUCUGUAGAGAGUUUUCUCUCACAGCCACAUGAAGAAAUUGUCCUCCCACUCUCAGUUCUAAAACCAAUGUGGUUCUACUGUAACACAUCUCUCUCUCCCUUUCAAAGUGUCUGUAACUCUUCUCUUACUCAGAACUAAGGAAUAAUCACUAUGUUAUAUAUAAAAAUGUGUCUGAAGCCAUUGCCAUCUGAGGCCAUCUGCAGUUUAAACAGUUGUCACUUGAGUUUCCUUAUUGGCAUGGCUGACUGUCAAUAGACGUGUCUCGCACUAUGCUCAUACAGUUGCCAGGAAUCAGACAGGGCCUCCCUUAAAAGUGUGUUGAUGAUACCUCUUUUGAAGUACUUGGAUGGUUCAUUACUGAUCCUAAUCUUGGACACUGAGACUGUGUACUCACCAGUAGAAACAAGUUCCCAGAUUGUGUAACAAUAGGUAAGCAGCCGUCUUUAUUUUUUCUUUAAAAUGUACUGUGUACAGGAGUUUGAUAGAAAAUCAAUUGUCACUGAAACUGUGCUGCUACUGGAUGAAUUCCCUGCCAGUGUAGUCAUAACAUUGGGGUGUGAAGGCUAAUAGGUUUUUUAGUCAGUUCAGAGGUGCUAAAGAAAGAGUUUCAUGUUAUAUUGACUUCUCUUCUCACUCUUGAAAUUUAUUUCAGUUCAAGUUAAAUUGUCAUGUCUCACAAAUUACUGCUCGAACACCACGUAUUAAGCAAUAUUGACAAGUAGAAUGAAAGCCACAAACAGUCUAACUAAUGCAGCAUUUUCUGUUUGAUACAAAGUGGAAAUUGGGCUUACACAGUGAUAAUUUUGUUGACUUGUUUUUAAUAUUUAGUCACUGAUAAGCUGGAUGCCGCUUUCGAAUGCAUUGAGGUUUGGGCUUUAAUAAAAUGUAUAUUACCAAAAGGAACAGUGAUUUAGAGAAGAAAUGGUCCUGCUUAGAACACACUUUGAGAAUAAUUAUCUGCAAACUUUUUUCAGAAAGUAGCCAGAGUAAGAAAAGCAUGCUUCUAUUGCAAGUUCCUGCUUAUUUUUCUGUUAGCCAGAAGGGGGAGAUGCUGGUUAAUUUGUGACAAUAAAAAACUAAUUAGAAAUCUCACAGUGAAGCUUCUUUUGCAGAACUCCGUUAAAUAGGUAGCCUAACAAAGGCAAAACAUAAACUGCUUUGAAUUUCAGUCCAAAUUGCAGUUGCCAAUAUUUUGAUAAGCAUAGUCACUAAGUUUUUUGCACCCUUUAUGCUAGAAUAAUACAUGCAGGAAAGUGAGAGGCAAUCUUUAGGUAAAACAAAUUUUUUUUUUUUUUUGCUGUUAAUUUAUAUCAGUAUUUCUGCAAGUGGAAUUUGAUAUUUUCUUAGCUAUCCUACUUCUGCUUAUUGCAGUUUGGAAGAAUAGUCUCAUGAUCAUAUAUAUCUUUGCCAUAUUUUUCUUUGACUGCUGUUGCACUGCAGAUUGCAACACAGACAAGUAAUUGGUCUAUUUCAAGGGUGAAAUAUUUCUUAUCACCAGAAUUGUACCUGUCAUGAGAAACUAUUUAAGAAAAAAUGAUCAGACAUUUAAAAAAAAAAUGCAAUAGCGAUUAUCUCACACUCAUUGAUACUAAAAUAUGCUGUUUUCAAGGAUUUCUUAUGACUUAAAAACAAGCAAAAACGUAGAUGGUUUCUCUCCAAAGCUUCCUGAUCCUUCUGGUAAAAGAAGGAAGGAGUGAUACAGUUUAACUGCAAGUAGCAUUCUCUAUCAGAUUUGCUGAUGCAUUUUUUUCAACUCUGAAAUCAUCCAUAAGCUUGUGGAUGAAAAGAAAUACUUUGAGUAGAGGUAUAUUUGGAAUGCUGCCCAAACAUUGCUACGGCCUUUAGAAGAAAUGGUACAAAAAAACUUCACGUCUGCAUGUGAAUGUGGGCCUACCUGUGCGCUCAAAGUUCCUGUUUCCUUUAACAAAGGCCUGUGGGUAUGAUACAGCCAAAAACCCUACUAGGUUUUUCUAACUGUAAAAAACAAAACAAAACAAAACAAAAAAAAACCCCAAAGUUCCCAGUAAACUAGUUUUUAGAAAAUUUUUUACCUUGUAUUUCAAACAUUGAGAUACUGAGCAUCUCUGUCUACAGAGAUCUUACCAUGAGAAUCACCCACCUCGGACUGAAAUGGAAGGUGUAUAUGUAUACAAGAGGUUUUUUCCUAGGUAUUCCCUGUUACAGUUUCUUUUGCACUCAUGAAUUGAAACUGUGGGGCUCAGCCAUGUGAAAGUGGCUCCUCUUCUCUGUCCUAGCAAUGUUUCCAACAGGCUGAAUUCCUUUCCACUACAGGCAAAAUCAAUGGAGAGACGAGUUUAUUUCAUUCAUUGUAAAGCUGAAAAUAAUGAUUUGGGACAGCAAGUAGAAAGAUCUCAUGGAAAAGUGUCCUCGAUGUAUUUGAGGUGUGAAAUUAAUGCCUAUCAGCAUUUUCUGAAGUAAUGACAUGGAGCAGUUUUUGGUUUUAGAACUGCGAUGUGGACUUAAUGAAAAUUGAUCUUGUAUCUUGAAUUGCAGCCUAAUUUUGUUCCUUUUUUAGUGCAAAAUGUUGUUGCCCACCAAAAUAAAACUAAAUGUCUGUUCACACCUAUGUAACUGUAAUGUCAGAACUGGGAGCAAAAUAGAAUAAUGAGAACUACUGCGAUUGUGCUUUUCUUCCUGAUGGAUUCCUUGUGUAACUCUCCAGGGAUGGUCCUUAAGAAUUUUUUUCUAAGCCUGACUACUGUCAACUGACGUGGCUGAUGUACACAGUAAAUUACUGAUAAUACUGAUGAUAUGUGAAAGGUAAAAAUAAUUGUAGUCAGGCUUCUCAGGAUGCCAGCUGAUGAGGGCUUGUUUGUCAAACCAUACCGUGGUGCACGCAAGUCUGAGGAUUGCUGGGUCCUUCAUAUAUAUAAUCCUAAUAUUUAUUGUG